AAGCAGAGGGACUCAUUCUGUCUGCAUAUUCUAUCUGUGAUUUAUCGUAAGCGUUUGGUGCUCUAGUUAAAGGACGUUGCCCUUGUUAAACUUCAACCGAAGAGGUCAGUUUAUGUACGUGUGUUCUCCUUGAGCCGACAGCAUCUUAGCAGGAGGAGGAAAACAAGGAGGAUGGAGGUUUAAGGAAUGAGGAUAUACCAGCUAGUGAAAUGACCGAGAAGAAAAAGCGGGAGAGGUAAACUACAAGGGACAUAGAUUCUACGUCAGCCCUCCGGCCUCUACUAUGGAUCAACAAGAAGUGGUGGCUGCAGCAGCUCGAGAGGAUGAAGCCUCCCAGCUGAUUUACAGGAUCGAGCGUCCUGUCUACAAUGAAACUCUGAUCCAGACAAAGCUUCUUAAACGCAAAGAAGACACCACCACAAAUUGUCAGAAGCUGGCAGAAAAGUUCCAGUGUUCUUCAGAGAAGGCCAAGUCAGCAGCUCUGAGCUUCAUGCCCAUUCUCUCAUGGCUGCCGUCGUAUCCAGUCAGGAAGUACCUCUUUUCAGAUGUGGUCUCAGGUCUCAGCACGGGAGUUGUGCAGCUUCCACAAGGACUAGCCUACGCUAUGCUGGCUGCUGUGCCUCCAGUUUAUGGUCUGUACUCCUCCUUCUACCCAGUCCUGCUGUACACCUUCUUUGGCACGUCCAGACACAUAUCAGUAGGAACCUUUGCUGUCAUCAGUCUGAUGAUUGGGGGCGUCGCUGUGAGGGAGGCACCAGAUAGCAUGUAUAUGAAUAUCAAUGCUACUGGAUCCAACGCAUCUGAUGCCAUCAACGUGGAGCUUCGUGAUAAGAGCAGGGUCCAGGUGGCCGUGAUGGUCACAACCCUGGCGGGACUCAUCCAGAUUGUUUUAGGUCUUCUCAGGUUUGGCUUUGUAGCAAUCUACCUCACCGAGCCCCUGGUGCGAGGCUUUACCACCGCAGCAUCCAUGCACGUCGUCAUCUCCCAACUGAAGUACUUGCUGGGGGUGGAAACGCAGCGAUAUUCUGGGUUUCUCUCUGCUAUUUAUAGUGUCAAAGCAGUACUCAGCAGAAUCACCAGCACCAAUAUUGCCACUUUCCUUCUGGGGCUCGGGUGCAUCAUCUUCCUUUAUGUGAUCAAAGUUCUCAAUGAGCGCUUCAAGAAGAAGCUGCCCAUUCCCAUUCCUGGAGAGAUCAUUGUGGUCAUUGUGUCUACCAGCAUCUCUUAUGGUUUGUCGUUGUCAAAGGAAUACAAGGUCCAUGUAGUUGGAAACAUACCAACAGGGCUUCGCCCUCCUGCUGCCCCAAACAUCUCGUUGUUGCCCAAUUUGGUCACAGAUUCUUUUGCUAUAGCAAUUGUAGGAUUCUCCAUGGAUGUCUCGCUGGCCAAGAUCUUUGCCCUGAAACAUGGCUACAGUGUGGAUGGCAACCAGGAGCUCAUUGCCCUCGGUCUGUGUAACUUCAUCAGCUCUUUCUUCCAAACGUUUGCCGUCACCUGCUCCAUGUCGAGGAGCCUGGUCCAGGAGAGCACAGGAGGGAAAACACAGAUUGCAGGGCUCCUGGCGUCGCUGCUGGUGCUGGUGGUGGUGGUGGCCAUCGGCUUUGUCUUCGAGCCGCUCCCUCAGACUGCGCUGGCUGCCAUCAUCAUGGUCAACCUAAUAGGGAUGUUCAAGCAGUUCAGAGACAUUCCCAGUCUGUGGAGGACCAGCAAGAUUGAACUGGCCAUCUGGGUGAUUGCCUUCAUCGCUUCUGUGCUGCUGGGAUUGGACUACGGCCUCCUGGUGGCCGUCACAUUCGCCAUAUUAACAGUCAUAUACAGGACACAGAGCCCUAAAAGUUCCAUCCUGGGCCACGUCGCUAACACGGGGCUCUACUGUGACGUCGACGAGUAUGAAGAGGCGGCUGAAUAUGAGGGGAUUAAGAUUUUCCACUCCAACUCUUCAAUCUACUUUGCUAACAGUGACCUGUAUGUGAACAGCCUCAAGGAGAAGACGGGGCUAAACCCUGAACACUUACAAGCUGCUCGGAAAGCCCAAAAAAAACAAAAGGAGAAGGCGAACAGCAAUCAGUCGUCUCCGCUGAAAAUCUGUGCCAAGUACAAGGAUGAGGCAGUGACUCAUGAAGUUUUGCCCCAGGGCCACGUGGCGGUGGCGGAGGAUCAGAAGAACGGCCAGUUUGGCGACAGACAUGGCGACUCAGCCUCAGAGGAGGCGGUCUUCCUUGAGCCUUUCAGCACAGUCCACUCCAUUAUCCUGGACUGGACGUCUGCAACUUUUAUCGACUCAGUGGGAGCUAAAGCCAUCAGACAGGUAAUUAAAGAGUAUGCCACCGUAGAUGUCCGGGUGGUCAUAGCUGGCUGCAACAGAAACCUGCUGGCUGAACUGGACACCUUGAAGUUCUUCACUAAGGACCUGACCACAGACAUCCUGUUCCCCACCGUCCACGACGCCGUGCUCCACUGUCAGCACUCAAACUCUCACCCGUCUGUGGCUGCGGUCAGCGACAUGACCUGAGAGGAUGCAACGUAACUGAGAACAAGUCACAGGAAUGGGACGUUGUGGCACUCUCACAACCUCGCUGUGAACUUGUUUUCAGCGGAAAUAUCAGUGUUUUUCACACUCACAGUGCACUUAAAGAAUCUCGUAGCCUUGUUAAAGUUCCAAAGCAGCAAGAACAUUGCUUUAAUCAGAACCUUCAGAAUGUGGUGUCCAUCUAUAGCCUGAUUUCUCUACAGUGUUGACGUUGCACUUUAGUCAUGUUGUAGUUCUCACUGUUUGCUGAAGUACUUUUUAAAGCUGCAGCUUUGUCUA